AUGUGUGUGCUCUGGAGCUUCACUUAUGAACUAGACCUGCACAACAUGAGCCUUCUCCUAGCCUUGGAGCUGCUGCCGCUCCUGCUUGCGUUGCCACGCCUUUCUUGUGCCUCAAAUUCUACACAUUCUUCACUGGAUGGGCAAGCAGAGGCACUUCUCCAAUGGAAAACUAGCCUAAGCGAUUGGUCCAAUGAUCGCCUGGACUCAUGGACAAAGGGAAGCAACCCCUGUGACUGGGAUGGCGUUGCAUGCAGCAACGACGUGCUGCAUCGUGGCCGUGACCAGGGUGAUGCUGCCCUAGUUGUGUCCAACAUUUCGCUUGUGGGGUUUGCCCUUGUUGGCACAUUAGACAGGCUCCACUUUCCAAAUUUGCCCCAUCUUGUGUAUCUAGACCUUAGUGGCAACAUUCUCCAGGGCUCAAUCCCAUCAAGCAUUGGUGCUCUUGCCCAGCUCACUCACUUGGAUUUAUGCUGCAGCAUUCUCCAGGGCUCAAUCCCGUCUAGCAUUGGUGCUCUUUCCCAGCUCACUCACUUGGAUCUAUCCAACAAUGAAUUGAAUGGAUCUAUCCCAACAUCCCUAGAUUUGCCUCAUCUUGUCUAUUUGAACCUUGGUAACAACCACCUCUCGGGCGGAAUCCCUUCAAGCAUUGGGGCUCUUGCGGAGCUCACAUACUUGGAUCUGUCCGUCAACGACCUGAACGGAUAUAUCCCACCUUCCAUAGGCAAUUACUUGCCCCAUCUUUUUUAUUUGGACCUCGGUCACAACUCUCUCUCGGGCCUAAUCCCAUCAAGCAUUGGUGCUCUAGCCAAGCUCGAAAACUUGGAUCUGUCCGGCAAUGACCUGAACGGAUCUAUCCCAACAUCCCUAGACUUGCCCCAUCUUGUCAAUUUGGAGCUCAGUUAUAACUCUCUCUCGGGCCUAAUCCCAUCAAGCAUUGGCGCUCUGGCCAAGCUCGAAAACUUGGAUCUGUCCGGUAAUGUCCUGACCGGAUCUGUCCCAACAUCCCUAGAUUUGCCCCAUCUUGUCUAUCUGAACCUUGGUAAUAACCUUCUCUCAGUCGGAAUCCUAUCAAGCAUUUGUGCUCUCGCCAAGUUGGAAUACUUGGAUCUAUCCUUUAGUAUUCUUAAUGGAUCUAUCCCGCCAUCCAUGGGUAAUUGUACAAAACUAGCCUAUCUUGAUCUCUCCCAUAAUUUUUUGUCACAAGGAUCCAUUGGAAGCAUAGGAAAUCUAACGAGUUUACAUUACCUAGAUCUUUCCCACAAUCAAAUAAAUGGUUUCUUCCCUUCGACCAUUUUUAAAUUAGCCUCUCUAACAACAUUGGCACUUGGAUCCAAUCAGCUUAAUGGUCUAUUACCACCAGAGUUAGGAUCACUUGUUCUUCUCUCAUAUCUGAAUCUUUCCAACAACCAGAUCACGGGUUCCAUUGGAAGCAUAGGAAAUCUAACGAGUUUACAUUACCUAGAUCUUUCCCACAAUCAAAUAAAUGGCUUCUUCCCUUCGACCAUUUUUAAAUUAGCCUCUCCAACAACACUGGCACUUGGAUCCAAUCAGCUUAAUGGUCUAUUACCACCAGAGUUAGGAUCACUUGUUCUUCUCUCAUAUCUGAAUCUUUCCAACAACCAGAUCACGGGUUCCAUUGGAAGCAUAGGAAAUCUAACAAGUUUAGAACUCUUGGAUCUUUCUAACAAUCAAAUAAAUGGUUCCAUCCCUCCAACCUUCUGGAAAUUGAUCUCUGUUACAACACUCUCACUUGAUUCCAAUCAGCUUAAUGGCCUAUUACCGCCAGAGUUAGGAUCUCUUGUUCCGCUCACAGAUCUGAACCUAAGUAGCAACCUGUUUCUAGGAAACAUUCCACCUGAGAUAAGACAUUGCCACCAUUUAUCAUCGUUACUCUUAUCAGACAAUUUAUUGACAGGAGAAAUACCACAAGAACUUGGAUAUCUCACCAAUCUAUAUCACCUAGAUUUGAGUAGAAACAAUUUAAAUGGUGCCAUCCCAACGACUUUUUCUGAUCUUACGCAACUGUAUAGACUGAAAUUAUCAUAUAACUAUUUGGCUGGCAGAGUUCCAUCUACCGCUGCAACAUUGAUCUCACUUGACCAUAAUAUGGAUUUAUGCGGCGAUUCCUAUGACCUAAAACUGUGUGAAACACCGAAGCUCGACAUGGAACACCUAAACAGAAAACAUUCACGUAUGGUACUUCUUGCGUUUUUUGCAUCCUUUUCCUUCGCUUGCCUCUCAAUAGCAAGCAUCUUGGUUGUUUGUCGGAGAAAAAAGUGUGUAAAAAGUAAAAGCAAAAGAAAGUCUGGAGAUAUACUUUCUAUAUGGAAUUUCGAUGGAAAGAUCGCAUUCGAAGACAUAACCGAUGCAACAGAAAAUUUCGAUGAGAAAUAUUGCAUUGGCAUUGGGGGCUAUGGAACUGUCUUCAGAGUUGAGCUUGAAGGCGGGGUUACCUUUGCCGUCAAGCUCCUGCAUUCAAUGGAAGAAUUCAGAGACGAGGAAACAUUUCACGCUGAGAUUGAAGUGUUGACGAAAAUUAGGCACCGAUGCAUCGUCAAGCUGUAUGGCUUCUGUUCACACUCCCAAUGCAAAUUCCUCGUGUACGACCUUAUCGAGAGGGGAAGCUUAUCAUCCAUUUUGCACGAGCAAGAGCUAGCAAAGGAACUGGACUGGUCAAAUAGAAUUGCUAUUGUGGCGGACGUAGCUCAAGCUCUCUCCUAUUUGCAUCAUGAUUGCGAUGAUCCUAUUGUACACCGGGACAUAAAAAACAGCAACAUUCUUCUGAACCAAGAUUAUAAAGCUUAUGUCUCGGACUUUGGCAUGGCGAGGAAGCUGAAGCAUGGUUGCUCAAGCUGGAGCACUAUCUUCGCAGGGACAUGUGGCUAUAUAGCCCCAGAAUUGUCAUCCACCAUGGUGUUGACUGAGAAGUGCGACGUGUACAGCUUCGGUGUGGUUGCGCUGGAAGUUGUGAUGGGAAAGCACCCAGGUGAUUUGCUCCUUCCGUUCUUCUGCCGAACAGAGCAGCCAGGGAAGUUCAACGAUAUCCUGGAUCAACGCGUCGCAGCGCCGUCAACUAUCAAUGAGGAGAAGGAUGUCAUUUUGGUUGCCUUGGUGGCCUUUGCUUGCCUGCAAGUCAAUCCUAAAGCCCGGCCAACAAUGCAGCAAGUAUAUCAGGCACUGACAAAUAGAAGCCGCUCAGCUUUCAUGCCCAGGCCCCUUCACGAAAUCAGCCUGCAAGACUUGCACGAUUAUUGCGUUAUCAUAAAGAAUACAUGA